AAAAUACUCAUUGUUGAUGGAGUCAAAGAGGAUACUACUCUUUGCAGCUGUUUUUGUGAACUUUUAAAAACAAUCCAAUAUUCACUGCACAAUGGGUGCUGGCAUAGAGUAAGAGUAUCGCAUUAGGCUCGAUAUAGACUGCUGUAUAACAAGAGCUAGUUCUGAAAAUAAUUGCACCAUGCUAGGCUAGGUACCACGCGUCGCUUACCCACUGUCGCAUGCGUAUUAGCAACUCUUCCACUUGUAGUGUGACAGGUUUUGAAGUAAUUGAAAUUUGGGUAAUUUGGACUUCUUACAUUGAAUCAGAGGGAAUCCUAUGUGAGAAGAGCAAAACAGAAUCCAAACUAACUUGAUCCUUAGAAUUUCAUAUGUUGUCUACGCUAAGAAUGUCAACACUUGAUUAUUAUUCAAAAAUUGUCUGGCAAAGUAUGGCCAACAACCUCCAUCCCUACGGCUACAACUUAAAAGGAACCAGCAACAUAUACAAAAAUUCAGAAACAAACUUGAGUAGUAGAAGAAAUUGAUUCAUCAAAGAAACUAGCUAGUAUAGUAUGGCCAAGGUAUACCACCUGGUCUUGGGAAUUCAAGGACUAAUAACGAUUCUAGUUGCCACAUUCAUUGUUCUUACAGUUUAUAUGACAGGCAAAAGUGCAUGGCUCGUUUUUGAAGAUAUUCUUACAACGUCCACGACUACACUAAAGGGUUAUAGCGAAUCUGUAUCGUUAACGUCAAGUUGUGAUCUGUUUUCAGGUAAGUGGGUGUACGAUAACUUGACAUAUCCUUUGUAUUCUGAGAAACAGUGCUCAUUCAUGUCUGAUCAGCUGGCAUGUGAGAAGUUUGGAAGAAAGGAUCUAAGCUAUCAGAAUUGGAGAUGGCAGCCUGACCAGUGCGACCUACCAAGGUUCAAUGCCACAGCAUUACUGGAGAGAUUGAGAGGGAAAAGGAUGGUUUAUGUUGGAGAUUCACUUAACAGAAAUCAGUGGGUUUCCAUGGUUUGUCUGGUGGAGUCUGUAAUCCCAUCAGCACUCAAGUCUAUUAACACCAAUGGCUCUCUCAUCACCUUUAAAGCCAUUGAAUAUAAUGCAACCAUUGAGUUUUAUUGGGCACCAUUGUUGGUUGAAUCGAAUUCGGACGAUCCCGUGAAUCAUCGAUUACCAGACAGAAUAGUGAGAGCUCAAGCAAUCGAGAAACAUGCAAUUCAUUGGACGGAUGCCGACAUACUUGUCUUCAAUUCUUAUCUUUGGUGGAGAAGACCCAAAAUGAAAAUCUUAUGGGGUUCUUUUGAACAUCCGGAUGAAGGAAUGUACAAAGAGAUGGAAAUGCUGCGCAGCUAUGAAAUGGCUCUGAAAACAUGGUCUGAUUGGCUUGAAAUUCAUGUCAACCACACCAAGACCGAGCUGUUUUUUAUCAGCAUGUCACCUACACACUUCUGGGCAGAUGAAUGGAGCACGGCCAAAGAAGGCAAUUGUUACAAUGAAACCGAGCCAAUUUCGCAAAAACAUUACAGAGGUAGAGGAUCAGACCCCAAAAUGAUGAACGUGGUCGAGAAAAUGCUUGACGAGUUGAAAACUAGAGGUGUUAACGUAAAAAUACUCAACAUAACACAACUGUCAGAAUACAGAAAAGAAGGUCAUCCCUCUAUGUAUAGAAAACAAUGGGAUCCUUUAACUCCAGAACAAAUAUCAAACCCUGCAAGUUAUUCUGAUUGUAUUCAUUGGUGCCUCCCCGGAGUUCCGGAUACUUGGAACGAGCUCCUUUAUGCUUACAUUUUUUCCUAAUGAAGAGUUUUGUGAAAAAUGUUUAAAAUCUAAGACUAAUUCCUAGUGACAAAUUGAAAUAGUCUGCAACAUUAAUUUUGGGUAUCCUUGUUCUUAUGUCAAUUUUAAAUACAUUUGUCAAACAAUGAUUUUGCACGUA